UCUAAUGUCUGAAAUAACUUAGCUUAAUAAGCCAAAUAUAAAAAACAAAAGCUACAACAAAAAGUGAAAUUAAAUUGAAACUUGAAAACAUACAAAAAGAAAAACCAAAUUAAACUUUUUUUUUUGGAAACUUAAUUUUACGAAGCCAUUAUGGGUUGUGCCAGCAGUAGUCCGAUGGUACAAACCGCUGGAAAUGAUAUGCUGAAGGCAGCCACACAUGUUGCUGAAGAUGCCACAAAAAGUGCCGAGGAGGCAGUACAAGGUGUUAAAGAGUCAAUGGGAAAAACAUUGGAAACAGCCAAGGAAACGGUGGCCACCAAAGUGGAAGAGGUCAAACACGAUGUAGAAACAACAUUAAAGGAUAAAGUGCACGAUCUCGAUGAUGCGAAAAAUGCUUUAUUGGGUAAAUUGAAUUUAAAUGCCGGAAAGACAGUCGAAACUGUGGAAAAUUCUGCCAUGGCCAUGAAAGAAGAUGCCGCGGAUAAGGGCGAGACAGCCAUGGACACAUUGCACAGCAUCGAGGAAACAAUGACGAGCAGCAGUCAAGCUAUGGAGGAGGCAAAGGAGAUGGUGGGUUUGGUACGAACCAAUACGGAAACAGAUAGUUUGCGGACUUCAACGCCGGAACCGGAAAUCGAACGGGCUCUGGCCAAUACAAAAACGAACAAGGAAGAUGGCGAUGAUGACGAAGACAAUCCCCCAACACCAAAACCCACCUUAGCUGAAUUGGAAAACCUCAGCCAAGAAGUGCUGCAGCAGCAGCAACACACGGUCAAUGACAUGUUGUCGGCCAAUGACCAUCAGGCAGACACGAAAAUCGCCUUACCCACCGUCGCAAACACCUCCAGCACCACAGAGAGCAAUGCCGGUUCCAGUGCAAUGCACUUGACACCACUACCGCUAACGUCAGCCUCCUCGAUUGCCACGAUGAUAGCAGCCAGUACUGCGGGAGCGGGGCUGGCCAGCUUGAUGAGUGCCACACCACCUCCGGCAGCCAGCGAGCAGGAAGUCAAUGCCCAACCAGUCAAAACGAAGGCUGCCAAGCGGCAGGAAAAGCUGGCCGCGGAGAGGGUAAGGCAACAGAAGCUGAUACAAAAACUGUUGGAGGAAAAGCGGCCGGGCACCACGGAGUGGGAAAAAUAUGCGGAUAUGUUGGCCCUUUUUCGAAAAUACAAUCCCCAUGAUGCUUUUCGACGCGGUGGCACUCUAACAAAAUUCAAUGGCCAUGGCACAGCGCCCAUACGAGAAAAUCCUCUGCAUGGCAUGGGUGGAGGGGAUGAUGACAGCAGUGACACCACCUCCGUGUGGGGUCGCAAAAGUCCCACGCGACGUUCAAGUGCACGUCUCGCUGGUCGUUUGCGUCCCACCUCAGCCAGUCAGCGCACAGUUAUGGGCAACACGGCCAGAAGGAGCAGCAACUCCAUAAGCAGCGGCCGAAAAUUCGACUACAAUCCCCACCGUUCGAGGGUCAGCGAACGCGGUGGCUCUAGCAGUGUAAGUUCUGGUCACAAUCUAUCCUAUCUUCCCACAAGCAAAGCAAGUGCUUACCGUCUAUCGCCCUCCUCUGGCACCCCUAUGCCCACGUAUGCACAAGAGAGUGUUAAAUCUCCCCCAGAAAUGAGAUCACAACACUCGCUAGGUACAAAUUCUUUCCAGCGUGCAUUAGAACCUCUGUGGUGGCAACAGCAGACACAUCUACCUCAAUUGGGGCAGCAACAAGGCAAAGCGGGCCACCAUACACCAUUCUCACCGUCACGCGGUGGCAGUAGUAUGCCAUUUGCUGCAAAGUCUGCUCCCUUUUCACCAUACUCUGCACUAACUCGUGAUUCUUCUGCUAACUCUUUAUCUAGUCAAGCCAUGUACCCCGGACGCGUACGUUUGUAUAAGUCCUCAUUGGAUUUGAGAUUGCCAGCGUUGUUGAGCCCGCUGCGACAACCACACUCCCAUCAUCAUCAUCAUCAUCAUAAUCACCAUCACCAUCUUGUAAGACAACACCCACCGGUGCGAAACACCUCGUCUUUCCUGGCCACCCCACGUACCUCGCAGCCAUUUAGCAUAACGAAAUCUUAUACGGAUCUCUACUUUAGUAGCACCAACAACAAUAAGGAGAACGAAACAUCCAUUGCCCGGGAUUUGAGUCCAUUUUCGCCGCAUCGUCAUGCCCGGGACAAGAGUCCGUAUAGAAUACGCGAUCGUUGUGAAUAUUGUCCCAGAAAAUAUGUGACCUAA